AUGCCGCUGCAUGAUCAAUGCAGGCAGGUAAAUAGCCGUGACGUGGGUUUAACUAUCUACGGAGGCAACGAUGCGCCGCUGCAAUUUCGUUGCAGGCAGGCUGACAGCUGGUAUCCAUGUGCGACGCACAGCGGUGGAGCGGAAUGGCCUCAGGAAUUGUCAAGGCUAUCUCGGAGCGGGACAACGGAAACGUCGAGUACCGGCCUGCGUGUAAACCGGACUUCACCGACUGGGUCAGCGCCAAUGCAGCUGCACCACUUUAUCCAAAAGCAGGAACACCGAUACGCUUUGUCUCUGUUAGCCAGAGAACGCUUGCUCUCGCUUGAUCGAACGAAAGGGCAAACAGAGCUUGCCAAUGCUCUGCGUCGCUUUGGAAUUACUCCACCAGGACCAAGUCCGGCAUUUGUAUUGAAAAACGGUCAUAAGUGCCACCUGAUCGACAAGACCAAGCAGUAUGCGCUCAGCGAGCUGCUACGUCGAUCUCGCCAAAGCCUCCCAGAGUUUAUUCGUCUCGUACGAGGUGAGUCACAGAGCGACCCCCGCCCUAAUAAGGCGCUUACGGUUCCUGGCCAUCUCCCGUGCUGGCGCCACUACCCAUUCAAAGAUCAGUGGCGCGACAUCGUCGCACACGGUGUGCGUCCUAAGUGGAGAUCAGCAUUCCCGAACCAAUCUAAACCUCCUCCGAAUCAUGGAUCGGCUCGGCGAGCGCUAAAUGUCGUGAUAAAGAACCCAGGAUGCGAAUCGCUACUUGGUUUUGGAUAUCGACUUGCUACCAAUACUACAAGGUGUCACAUGUAG